UGUACCGCUUGACCCCCAGCCCUGACUCCCAUUUAUCUCAAUCGGUACUAUCUAAACAGUUUAUAUCGCCCUGUUCCUUUCACCCGUGUUCUUAAAGCCCGCUCAAUUCCGUACAUUUAACCCACGCUCAUUGCGCUAUUUUUCUUGUGUUAGUUUUUCGAUACAAUCUCGGGCAUUUAGUCAUCAUCAGUUUCUCGAUUGAAACACGUCGGUACCAAUGGAGGUUUGAGAGUCAUUUCGAAUGUCUCCUUGGCUGGAAGAAAUGAGAGUCCCUCGGAUGGUUUAAUGGUGUAUACCAGUGACUACAACCGCGUGGUCUGUCUGCUGAGGUUGUUCGUCCAACAAUGGGGGAUGACGUUCGUCUAGCCCCUCGCCAGAUAUGGGCGCAACCGACAACUUCCUCCACUAAGUCUUACCAACCUGGAUGUACUCCAUUCGUACUUCCCAGUGAAGGUUAUCUAUAUUUGAAUCGCUCCUAUUCGAUAAGUCUUUCUGAAAAUGCCGUCUUUGAGCCUGUUUGUACGAGUACGGCGACCGAGUCGAGAGGUCCAAUCCCAAUGCUCGAUACUCGUGACCCCUUUUACGCUUCGGUGACUCCACAGCUAUACGCUAUCGGUUGCGCAACAGUAGUUAGCUAUCUUCUCGUGAUCAUCCUUCUUAUAACGCCGCGUACAUUUUAUGUUGGUGGGCCGGGUGGUGGUGCCAACUUCCUGGGCCGUCAUGGCAUGAUCAGCGGUUCUUAUAGUGGUAAUUCCUCGGUUGUGGGAGUUGGUGGCCGGCCAUGGUUGCAAAAAGUGGCUGCGCUGCUGGUUGCUAUAUCACUAACUAUUGCGACUGCUGAUUCAUUCAAGGUGGCUGAGGACCAGUAUAACCACGGCUACUCUGAUGCUGACGCACUGGCCUCGGAAGUUAUCGAUGGCAUGGAAAUUCGCGUUAUUAGAGUUAUCUCCAGCACCUUUCUAUGGCUUGCCCAGGUUCAGACCCUGAUUCGACUCUUCCCCCGGCACAAAGAAAAAGUCAUGAUUAAGUGGGCCGGGUUCGCUUUGAUAGUACUGGAUACAAUAUUCAGUAUCUUGGAUAAAUUUCUGGUCCAGACCAACACUACAAGACCCCGUUUAUAUGAAGACGCAAUACCUGCUCUCAGUUAUCUUUUCGAGCUUGCGCUCAACUUGCUCUAUGCGGCAUGGGUUAUCUUCUAUUCCCUGUCUAAACAUCGUUUCGCGUUCUUCCAUCCGAAGAUGCGGAAUAUCUGCCUGGUCGCCCUUUUAUCCUUGUGCGCGGUUUUAAUACCUGUUGUGUUUUUUGUUCUGGAUAUCGCAAAGCCUGAGGUCGCCGGAUGGGGUACAUACAUCCGGUGGGUUGGAUCGGCGGCGGCUAGUGUUGUGGUUUGGGAGUGGGUAGAACGCAUUGAAGCAUUAGAACGAGAUGAGAGGAAGGAUGGGAUCCUUGGCAGGGAGAUUUUCGAUGGGGAUGAAAUGCUUGAAGUGACCCCUUCCGAAGAAGUCGAUUGGCCCCGUCAAAACAACGGGAAUGAUAGAGGAGGCACAGGUACAUCUUCAGGAUGGGGAGGAAUGAUGGGGUUGACUCAACGUCCGUUACGCACUCGAGUUAGUCAUCCUGGGGGCCGUAACCGACAAUCUCGUGCUGAUGCACAACACUCCACCGUCUUGAAUGACCCUCGUCACCGGGCACCAGCCCGGCCUACCCCACCACCCGCCGCUAUCACGCCUGUCAGCCGGGCCGAUACGACAAGUGCUGCCAGUACUGUGUACAAUGUCCAUUACCAUCCUGUCUCCAGCCCUACCCCGCCCGUUGCGAUGCCGCAUAUGGAGGAAGAAAACGAGGCUGACGAAUAUGACGAUCUUGCUGCUAAAGAAUUGGAUACAGCUGUAGAAGAGCAUCGAAUUAGUUCGGUCCAUCAGCGUAUCUCAGCAGAGCCGACUAGAGAAGAAUCUCCGCAGGUCAUUAAUGUGGAUGAUCGGUGGCGCACUAUCCUUAAUCCCUUCCGGCGCAGGCGCGCGUCUCUCCCUAGAGAAGUCGCUUCAGCACAAGCGGAAGAGGAACAGGACCCUGCUGGAGAGGGAGAUGGGCUGUACCGGGGGGAGGCUAGCGAGCAGGAUUCCUCGCGACCUGUGAGAAAUCGCCUAUUCGCGUUUAAUCGGGGACCGAGGCCAGGGUCUGGACGUCAAGGUUCUGAUACCCCGCUACCGGUUACGGUCAUUCCCGCCAGGCGUCGAGGCCAGCACACAUGGUCACCCGAGUGGUUUACAGAUUCCAGUCUUCUGGAACCAUCCCCAGGUCAGCGUGCCCGGCCCAAUCGCCCUGACUUGCCGGUGAGGGUCAUUCAACCACAAGGUCGAACAGCUGCCCCUUGGGCAACGCCCAACGAGGGAGAGUUUGGUUACGGAAACUAUGAAUUACGGUAUGACCCGGAAGCGGCGGCUCUGGUCGGAUCCGUUGAUUCUCAAUCCUAUCCGCCGUCGGCUAAUCACGUUUACCACGAUACCCAUGUCGAUCCCGAACGGCACUCGGUUUCAGAGAUGCAUCAGCAAGCUCGGUCACCCGAGGGGCUGCAAUCACCACAAGAUCCGCAGCCUACCAAUUCACCGGACAGCAGUACGUUUAUCGGUGAAGACUCGAGGCCUCCUCGACAAGGGAAUUGAAGUCCAGCUUGUUGGUCCGAAUGCAUAAUGACCCGUUACCGUCUGUUUUCUUUGUCCUUACAUUAAUCUUUGGUCUAUUCUUGGUUUAGCGGGAGUAUCGCAGGAUGUCUGGGAUCUACUGGGGUCUUACUGUUUUUUAAAGGGCAUUUUCUUCCUUUAUUCUAUCUUCUUUCAUUCCUCGUUUUCUACUUCAUCGGGACUGGUCAGGCUGUUUAAAUGCGGUGUUGGGAAGAGUCCAUGAUCAAAGACACUGCACUGCGUUCCACUACCAUGUAGUGGCGACAAGGGAAAGGGGUUUGGUGUGUAAAAGAUACCCAUGGGAUUUAUGUAUCAAGAUAUAGUUACUAACAUAUAUGCUGUAUAUAUUAAUUAUGAACCCAUUUCGUCGUCAGGUUGGGGAUGUCG